UGUAUCACAGCCCCCACGAUAUUCAUGCGGCUGAGUCAAAUGUGUGCAUCUGUCAUCAGCCAGAGGUGAACAUGGCUGAAGUGUCGGAGAGGACGCUGCAGGUGGCCGUCGUGUUGUCCUUCGCUGCCGGCUUCGUGGCGGGCUGGCAGGCCAACAGGAUGAGGAGGAAGUUCUUGGACUGGAGGAAGAAACGGCUCCAAGACAAACUGUCAGAGACUCAGAAGAAGCUGGACCUGGCAUGAAUGGUGUGGGGUUAUAAGAUGAUGGACGUUGGUCUCCUGUGUAAAGCUGCUGGAUCCUGAGUGUUUCUACCCGUCCGUCACUGUGGAGAAGAGUCCUCCAGAUGACUUACCUGUGCUCUGCAGUGCCCACAUUUUCCAACCACAGCUUUAAAAUCAAGACUGGACUUGAUGUAUAUACUGUGGACACUGGAGAUGUAAUCAUACAUCCACAUAGCAGCUUGUUUUCUACCCUCAGACACUAACAAGGGAUCUAGUUUUGGUGGUUUUCUGUGUCGGCAUGUGUCAGUUUCUAUCUGUUUCAUAUGGGGUCAAAUAAAUUAUUAUCUUUUUCA